AGGCCGUCUGUCUUCCUCUAGCAGUGUGGUUUUCUGUGGUGAUUUCUGUCUGCUUUCAGUUUGUUGUGGAAAUGUGAGUCUGGUUGGAGCUCCCUUUGCAUGGUCGCAGAGAUAGGAAAUGGUAUGGCUGAUCUUUUAGCUGCACAUUUCAACAGUGGUCUUGUGGCGGCAAAGCUUGGCGGUGGUGAGCGACCGGUGUGUGGCAACCCUGGCACAGGAACGCUGUGGCGAGAUCUGGGCUUUGUUGCCCAGAGAUAUGUAGUGAAGGAUGAAUUUCAUCCCUUCAUUGAGGCCCUCCUCCCCCAUGUCCGUGCCUUCUCCUACACCUGGUUCAACCUGCAGGCCCGUAAGCGCAAGUACUUCAAGAAGCACGAAAAGAGGAUGACCAAGGACGAGGAGCGCGCGGUGAAGGACGAGCUGCUGGGGGAGAAGCCGGAGAUCAAGCAGAAGUGGGCCUCGCGCCUGCUGGCCAAACUCCGCAAGGACAUCCGACCCGAGUUCCGCGAGGACUUUGUGCUCACCAUCACGGGGAAGAAGCCGCCCUGCUGCGUGCUGUCCAACCCCGACCAGAAGGGCAAGAUCCGCCGCAUCGACUGCCUCCGCCAGGCCGACAAGGUGUGGCGGCUGGACCUGGUGAUGGUCAUCCUGUUCAAGGGCAGCCCCCUGGAGAGCACGGAUGGCGAGCGGCUCGUCAAGUCGCCGCAGUGCUCCAACCACGGCCUGUGUGUCCAGCCGCACCACAUCGGAGUGACGGUCAAGGAGCUGGACCUCUACCUGGCCUACUUCGUCCACACACCAGAACAAUCAGGACAAUCAGAGAACUCAAACCAGCAAGGAGACACAGACGUCAAGCCCCCACCAAACGGCCACUUGAGUUUCCAGGACUGCUUUGUGACUUCGGGGGUGUGGAACGUCGCCGAGCUCGUCCGCGUGUCGCAGACCCCGGUGGCUACAGCGACCGGCCCAAACUUCUCCCUGGCUGACCUGGACAGCCCCGGCUACUACAACAUCAACCAGGUGACUCUGGGACGGCGCUCCAUCACCUCCACCCCGUCCACCAGGACUGAAAUGGAGCUUUAUGCAAGUCUCCCACGGAGCUCCAACAAGCGCAAGUCCAUUGACGACAGCGAGAUGGAGAGCCCGGUGGACGAUGUCUUCUACUCGGGCCGCUCCCCGGCGGCCGGCAGCAGCUCUCAGUCCACCGGUUGGCCCAAUGACGUGGAUGCAGUGCAGCACCAUUUGGCCAGUGUGCAGGAGAGGAAGAUUAAGCAUGAGAGCGAUGGAGUGCAGUUUCCUUACCAUGGUUAGAACAACAUUAAACAUUAUACUGUGUAUACAUGCUCUACUUCAGCUCACACCGCCCUCCACUUCUACACCUCUCUCUCUACCUCUCUCUCUGUCUCUGUCCUUUGUUUCCGAGUGUGUUUGCACUUCCUGUGAGCUGUUCUGCAUCUUCCAUUCUCUUCUUCCUCUUCUUCCUCGCUCUCCUGUGUCUUGUUCUCUGGCUGUGCUGCUGCUGGGUGGGGUUGUUGUUUCCACCAGAUGUCUGCUGAUGUCCGUUGUGGAUUUACCGAAGCCUUUUGGUAGCCCAGUAGCUCCGUAACAUCCACCGGCUGUCUGCCUCUCAAAGAUGUAAAUCUGUGAAAGAAAUCAGACGUCGAGGAUGAAGACGUCCCUGGUUGCAUUAACCCCUUUGAGGCCGGAGCAGAUAGGCUUGAUUUCUCUCAGAAAUGUGGGAAGAAGGCAUGAGCAACAUGACCAAAAAAACAUUUUAAAUUACAAGAA